AUGUCCGCCGCAAAGCAGAAGGCACAGCAAAUCAUCGAUGAAAACGCCGUCGCAGUCUUCUCGAAGUCGUAUUGCCCAUAUUGCAGAGCUACCAAGAGCCUGCUCGAUGACAAGCAUGCAAAGUACUAUGUUAUUGAACUUGAUCAAGUUUCCGAUGGUGCAGCCAUUCAAGACGCCCUAGAGGAGAUGACAGGACAGAGAAGUGUCCCAAAUAUUUUCAUCAGCAAGAAGCAUAUUGGUGGCAACUCUGAUCUGCAGGCAAAGAAGAGUCAGUUGGAUGAUCUUUUGCAGUCAGCCGGCGCUGUCUAG